AGACGCACAGACUUGCAUACUCCUCAACGACAAGUUGCCAAAUUUGAGAAACCCUGCAAAAUGACGACAUUGCCUAAAAAUCCGUCCGAACUGGAAGAAGUUGAAUACACGGGCUCCCCGUUGGAACGGAUGGCUGCUUGCCUCGCCGAAAUUUUGGCGGACAACAAAAAUCCCGCCAUUACCGACAAAUUGAAGUAUUGUCACACUCUCGCAGUCGGGAUUGAAAAGUAUGUCGACGCCUUAAGCACGCCACACACUCCGCUCGAGGAGAAAGUCUUUCAAGACACGGCCAACGAAGAUUGGGCGACAAGAUUUAAAGAAGGCUUGGUCUCCUUCAUCCCUCCAAAAGCGAUGAUGACGGACCAACCAGAAGCCGCUUUUUUGAGGGUGAUCACCCAACUCACGAGGGCAGAGAGGAUUCUAGAGAUAGGAAUGUUCACGGGGCAUUCUGCGAUUUCCUUUGCCGUGUCAAAGCUCGUGAAAGAAGUCGUUUGUCUCGAUGUGGAACCAUUUUUUGAAACCUUUCUAAAAAAGAGGGUCCAAGGGACAGAAUUGGAGAAGAAGGUGACGGUCGUGCUUGGUCCGGCAAUGGAAUCCUUGCAGGACUUAAAAAACAAAGGCCAAAAAUUCGACAUUGUCUUCAUUGACGCAGAUAAAACAAAUUACCUCAAUUAUUACAAGACGAUCAUGGACUCUGGGCUUUUGUCGGAAAGGGGAAUAUUUUUAAUUGACAACGCCUUCUGGGGAGGUAGCGUCAUUCCCGGUUUAAACGGCGGGUUGGGUUCAACUAUUCACGAAUUUAAUGAAUUUGUCGCCCAGGACAAUAGGGUUGAACAAGUCGUGGUUCCAAUUAGGGAUGGCGUAUCCAUAAUUGUUCAGAAACAGUAAAUCAAUUUUUACUAAAAAAUACAUUAAUAAGAAAUUGUUAGUCAUAAAUUUAUGUGAAAAAUUGGUUCACUAAAUUUAUUGUCAUUCAACAUUCUGACAUUCUGAUAUUAAUA